UUUCACUAUAACACUCACUAACUUUUACACUCACUCACUCAUACUCUCCCACUCACUCUGACACAUUCACAAACUUUUUCACUCAAGUCUAACUCACCAGUCACGCAACGAAUCGUUGGGGGGUCACGUGGCCACUCGUUGAGUGGGAGGGGUCUGAGGGUCUGACGCAACGGAAACAGAGGGGCGUGGCCAUAGCCGUGGAGGAGAGUGACGUCACUGCACACGUGACUUCCGUGUAGUGAGACGUGCAGAGAAGGUAGCCGCAGUAGCAGCACAAGUUGCCGAGCUCUUGUUGCGAUUCUUUACAGGGAGUGGAGACGAAGAGGAGGGGGCACGAUGGCCAAGGCUGAAGAGAAGGUGGGCUCCAGGAGCGGCGUGCAAUGGAGUGCGCUGCCCACAUCGGACGGCGUUGCCAUCGCCAGUAGUAAAACCCCACGAGAAAUCUUGAAGCUCUUUGGGGAUUUCCUGACCGCCACUGAGAGAAGCGAGGUCCUCACCGUGAAUAACAUCUGGUAUUUCGGCGUCCAUAACAAAGGCUUUGGCACCCAGAACCAUGGCUACGAUGAUGUCUACAACCAUUAUGUCUCGGUCGAGCAUGAGCACCUCAAUUUCCGGUAUGAGGUGCUGAAGAAGGUGGUCGGACCUUACAGCCAGAUCUUCAAAUGCCGUGACCACAAGACCAACACCCGAGUGGCUGUGAAGAUGUGGAGACAGUCAUUCAGUGCUGAGGAAGACCACAGCCAGUGGAUGGAGUACCACAUCUUGCUCCAACUUCAGGGCUGGGCUAAUGAUGAUGUCAACGUUGUCAGAAUCCUCGACUUUUUCACCUUCAGGGGUCACAACUGCCUCGUCAUGCAGCUCAUACCGAAAAGACGUCUGUUAAGUGCCGUUGAUUGCACGGCACCCCAGCACAUGGAGAUGACAAUGGUGAAACUCUUCACCAAGUCCAUUCUCAAAUUCCUCAUUCAACUCCAUGCAAAGGGAAUCGUGCAUGGGGACAUCAAGCCGAGGAACAUGUCGAUUAAAGAGCCUGGGGCAGGGACCAUCCGGAUGAUGAGUUUUGAAAACAGCUUUUUGGUGGGACGCCAACGUUCACAGAUUUUUUGUUCCCACGCGUACCUUGCCCCAGAGGCGUACCUGGGCCACAUGUCAUCUUUCCCGGUUGACAUGUGGGGACUGGGUUGUACAGUGGCCGAGUUGGCUACUGGAUGCAUCCUCUUUCCGGCCAUCAACAAACACGACCAGCUCCCGUGUUAUAUGGAGACCCUCGGGAUGCCUCCUCAGAAUUUGAUUGAUGGCGCGCCUGGGAGAAACAAGUACUUUGAUGGUUCGGGGAUGCCUUUGAUGUCCGGACAAAGCAGGGUCCCAGGCAGUCACCCCCUCUACCUGGCACUCGGGAGCCAGGACACGGAGUUCCACGACUUCAUUAGCCGCUGCCUGGAGUAAGAACACACCCCCGCCCCCACCA